AUGCGAUCUCUGGAGAUUAACGACAAUGUCGCUGUCAAGGCUAAUCCCAGCCUCUAUGGCACAGUAACGCGCACUAAUACCGUCUCCCAUGAGCCGUUAGAGGACGAGUUGAUCAUCGCUCACACCGAUGUCCCCCCAGCCAUUCUCCAUGAAUUCGUUCAGACAGGCAUGCCACCACGCGGCUAUGUCUUCGUCGAAUUUUCUGAUGAGGCUGCUGGCAGUUCGUUGGUCAGCGAAGAUGACCUUGUGCUACUAAGUCGCCUCUUUCAGAUCGGCGAUCCCGUCAAGCGUGAGGGGAGUUCGAUGACUGGCACUGUGACCAACAUUUCCGAAUCCUACAUUUUGGAACCGAUCACCACAAAGCCAGACUUCGCCAAAUCAUGUCUUGGGUUCAACCCAUCCGUCAUGGGCACGUGUACGGCCGAAUGCGAAUCGCGCUUGCCAUCCCAAUUCUCUCAUCCGAACCCUCACACCUUGAUUUACGACGUCCCGUCAUGGGAGGUACAAAGAGCGCAAGAUCUGGUGCAGGAUGAUUAUGUAAUCAUGUCGGGGUGGCUUGGUAUCGUUGACGAGGUGGAAUACGACGUCGUUGUCGUCCUUGCCAAUGGCUCGGUAGUGGUGGUCACUGGUAUGGAGCACCUUCAUAUUCCGGUUCCAGAUUAUGGAAAGCCGCUUGUUGCCCUGCCAGAACCUGAUGGCUUCAUCAUACCAGACAUUCUCGCCUCUAGACAAAGCUGGUCAAAUACCAUACCUGUGCAACGACCACGGCCGGGAACAUUUGUCAUUGUGGACAACAAUAGUCUGCGCAGAGGUCCGUGGUUAAAGGGCUCGUACACCCCUACCACUCCUGCUCAUGGGUACGUUCUCGACGUCCGCGCCGGAAACUCUUUUGUGGCUUGGGUUGAAAGCGACCCUGCGCUGGGGGUGGCACAAGCAUAUCACGGACCUCCAUCUCCAUCUCCCGUACUCCACAUCUACGAACCCAACUCAAACUUCUUAGAACAUGGCGGUCUGCGGCUGAAAGAGAACGUUCACAUCUAUGACAAAGGGUUGAUGCCAUCUAAUUCAGAGCGGCGGGAAAUACGUGGGCCACAACCUGGCGCUUACCCAAGUCUGGGACAUGCGGGAGAGAUAUGUACAGGGCAGGACCAUGCGGUCGGGGCUCAUGUGAUAUUCCGCGAUCCGAUAGGCGCCGCUGAGAAAUAUAAAGGGAGCAAAGAGACACGGCACGGCCAAUUCAAUCACAGCUCCCUUUAUGUCCAGGGUGGAUGGGAUGUGAACGAAUUCAAAGUGGUGUUCAUCAACCAGCAGGCAAGCGUCCUAUGGCAGGAUGGCAGUACCACCACGACAGACUCGACUCAGCUUGAAGAAUACGGCCUCUUUGAAUCAGAACUUGCCCCGACGGAUAUAGUAUUGAAGCGGGAAGGCCUGCGGCAACGGCCAGUUGGAGCAGGACGAAAGGAGGUCAGUGGGUUCAAUGAGAUGGCCUUCUUUGAACGACCCCACGAUUUGUUACCCAAAAGCGUCGGUAUUGUUCAGUCGGUGGAUCCAGACGAGAGAUUGGCCCGUGUUCGGUGGUACAAGGAACCGAAAAUCGAGUUGCAUUCCUCCGGCCAGAUUCUCGAUCCAGAGUCAAAGUUUGGGCCCAUAGGAGACAUAAUCGAGGACGUUUCUCUGUACGAAAUCAUGUCUUUUCCUACUCUCCAACGUAGGAGAAACGACAUGUGCAUAGUCGCUCUUCACUUGAUGACUCCAGCGCACAAAAGCGAGUCCACUACUUUGAAUUCGGCGGAUGCACGAUCACCCAAAGCCUCCCGGCACGACUCCGGCAGGUCCGGCGAGAGGAUAGCGAACUCAGCGUCUAUUCCAUCGACCACGUCGAAUGUUGGGCAGGCUAAGAGCUUGGGAGAGCAGACCGCCACCGACUGGGUGGGCCAGGUAGUAGCAAUAGGGCUAGAUGGGACGACGACUGUACGAUUGGGUGCGGCCCAGCCAUGCCGGGACCUUCGUGUCGAUUACGACGCAAUCACGACCAUCAUCUCGGAUCAGGAAGCGGAUGGCGAUGCAGACGAAGAUAUUAUGGAUGUGGACUCCUUGGGAUCCACCUACGAUUUCUACUCAGACGGAAGCAUGGAAGCGAUAGAAGAACGUGUCGAAUACGAGGGCGGCAGACGGCUCGAUAAUGACAGCGGCGAUGACAACUGGGUAUCUGACGAAGACAUGAACGAGGACGAAGACCAGUCGCAAGAGUUCACCGAUGCGCAAGAAGAAGGACAAACAGGAAACACCGACAUGGCUAAUCCAGAGGAGGACGGCAAGGAUGCACCAAAAGCUCGCAGCUCUCAACCAUCAAUCCUUCAUCUUUAUGCUGCGUUACCCUCAGAGGAACCACCUGCUUUCAACGUCUUGGAACGAGAGCCUCCGCCAGACCAGUUUGGCUUACAUUCCAUAUCAACUGCAGGCAAAUUCCUGAAACGCAUCAUGCGCGAACAUCAGAUACUCGCGACCUCUCUACCGGCAGGGGAGAUUUACGUGCGCACGUACGAAAGCAGACUCGACCUACUGCGUUGUCUGAUCAUCGGCCCCAGAGAUACGCCUUACGAGAAUGCUCCUUUUUUGAUCGAUUUGUACCUGCCAGCAGGAUUUCCAGCCGAGCCUCCCACAGCGCAUUUCCACAGCUGGACGAGCGGGCUAGGCCGGAUCAACCCAAACCUUUACGAAGAAGGCAAGAUCUGCCUGAGUCUCCUUGGCACAUGGGCCGGGAAGCACGAAAGUGAAUCAUGGAGCGAGAAAGCCACGAUCCUCCAAUUGCUGGUUUCUCUCCAAGGACUAGUGUUUGUGAAACGACCAUUCUACAAUGAAGCCGGUUUCGAAGGCUACGAACAGGACAAGAGGUACCUGCGAGAGUCGGAACAGUACAGUGAGAAGGCCUUCGUGAUGGCAAGAUCAUUCGUCAAAUACGCCAUUUUGCAGCCUCCUGGAGGACUGGAGGACAUUCUCGCCGGGCGGUAUCUACCUCACGACUUGGCCGCUCCACAGAAUUCGUUACUAUGGACCGUGAUUGAAAGAGCUCGUCAAUUGCUCGAAAAGUCGGACCAAGCAAGACACGCCUAUUACGAUGGCCUUUUGGACUCUGCGGGCAGUACCGACGACGACAAUCGCGUGUUCUUGCGACCUCUCAGUCUGGGAGCUUGUGUCAUGUUGAAGCGUACACUCGCCGAGUUGCAAGAGCAACUGGAUCAGCUGUUACACUCGGCGCCGGCAGCCAACAACUCUGCGGAGAAGGAGAGCGCGUCGGCCCAACAAUGA